CCCCCCCCCCCCCUGUAUCAGGGUAACAAGGUCACCGCGAUUAUCAUGCGCCGUUCAGAUCGACGCCAAGCGGAUGACAGCCCGGUGAAGAGCGCGUAGCCCGGGCUGCCGUUACCCCCCGUUUGUUAGCCGGCUGCAGGUGAACGCACCGCGGCUCCAUUUAAAAACAAAAAAAGGCGCAAUAGUUGAGUAAAUGUAGGGAAUAAACGGGGCGAUCGGUUUAAUUGGACUUGCCUCUGCUGUGUUUUUCUGUUGUUGUUUUUUAGUUUUUGUUUAUGGGAGCUGAAGUUUAGCGGCAGCCCGGUUUGACUAGUUUGAUGGACGUGAGGGGCUGUUUGCCAGGCUGUCUUUGACACAUGGAAACCCGGUCUGUACAUGUCAGAUUUAAGGGUCGUUAUGUAGCUUUAGCGGGGAGCUAAUAUAUAUAUAUAUAUAUAUUAAAAAAAAAGAGGAAUGUCUUGUCUUUUUAUACCUGCAUGGUUUGUUUUUUACGUCACUUUCCCCCCUCAAGCACAGGGCACAGUCUAGUCGAGUCUAAAAAGUCCUGAGAAGCGUAAACUGUGGACAAUGCUGAUCAGUUAGUGGCCAGAGGAGAUCACAGAACCCCAGGGGGAGAUCUGCCUGCUCCACAAAAGGCCCGCAGAUAUAUCCUAGGUUAUUAUUUUAAGGGGGGGCAUGCAGCAGAACCCUGCCAGUCUGGAUCAGGAGAACCUUUCCGCCGUCGUCGUGUCUGGUUGGAGUAACACACUGAAGCCGAAGUCGAUGCCUUCGGCACUGGCCGUGUUCACCUGCCGGCCCAACUCGCACCCCUUCCAGGAGCGCCAUGUCUACCUGGACGAGCCCGUCAAGAUCGGCAGGUCGGUGGCUCGGUGCCGCCCGGCCCAGAACAACGCCACCUUCGACUGCAAGGUGUUGUCCAGGAAUCACGCCCUGGUGUGGUUCGACCACAAGACCGAGAAGUUCUACCUUCAGGACACUAAAAGCAGCAACGGGACGUUCAUCAACAGCCAGAGGCUGAGCCGCGGCUCGGAGGAGAGUCCGCCCUGCGAGGUUCUGUCCGGCGACAUCAUUCAGUUCGGGGUCGACGUCACCGAGAACACGCGCAAAGUCACCCAUGGCUGCAUCGUGUCCACAAUCAAACUCUUCCUACCUGAUGGGAUGGAGGCCCGCAGACGAAGCGACGUCAUCCAGGCUCCAUUACCACUACCUAUAGACAAGGUGGCCGCCAACACGCCCAGCAUGUACUCUCAGGAACUGUUCCAGCUCUCCCAGUAUUUACAGGAGGCCUUACACAGAGAGCAGAUGUUGGAGCAGAAGCUGGCCACUCUGCAGCGGCUCCUCACCACCACCCAGGAGGCCUCGGAGAGCAGCUGGCAGGCGCUGAUAGAUGAGGACCGCCUGCUGUCCAGGCUGGAGGUGAUGGGCAGUCAGUUACAGGCCUACUCCAAGUCUCAGAGCGAGGAGGGGAUCCGGAAGGAGCUCCUGGCUCUUCAGGAGGACAAACACAACUAUGAGACCACAGCGAAGGAGUCGCUGAGAAGAGUCCUGCAGGAGAAGAUCGAGGUGGUCAGGAAGCUGUCCGAGGUGGAGCGGUCGCUCAGCAACACGGAGGACGAGUGCACCCACCUGAAGGAGAUGUCUGAGAGGAGUCAGGAGGAGCUGAGGGAGCUGGCCAACAAGUACAACGCUGCCGUCAACGAGAUCAAGGAGCUCACCGACAAGAUUAAGGCUGCAGAGGGGAGGCAGGAGGAGCUGACCCUGCAGGGGGCGACGGAGAAGCGGGAGCUGGAGAUGCGCAUCGAGGAGAUGGAGGAGAAGGAGCAGGUCCUCCAGGCUCGCAUCGAGGCUCUGCAGGCCGACAACGACUUCACAAACGAGAGGCUUGCAGCCCUGCAGGUGCGUUUAGAGCAGCUGCAAGAGAAAAGCAAUAAGGAGAGCAACAGUCUGGAUGUGGACAUUGUCUCCCUCGGACCCGUAGAGGAGCCCGUGGAAGACGAGCAGAGCCUGCCGACCUCUGAGAACCGCGACGGAGACCGGGCGGAUACAGAUGAUGGUGCAGUUGGUGGAGAUGAAGAGAACGAUGACAACUGUCAUGUCAACAGUGGAGGAGAGUCGACUAGAAUCCCACAGUUGAUUGAGUGUCCGCCGGUGAAACAGCUGAAGGAGAACGUCUGCUCUUCAAUACACAAACUGGCCAACUUUGACGAAGUCAUGGACGCCCACCUGCAGAACAGCCAAACGCCAGAAGACGACCUCCUGGCCAGCCCUGAUCGCCUCAAAGGAAAUCAGAUGGACGGCAAAGAGUCCGACAUGUCCGACACGCUGAGUCCCAGCAAAGAUCGCAGCAGCGACGACACGUCAGAUGGCAACAUGAACGACCAGGAUCUGAAUGAACCCCAGAACAGAGUCGCUCUCCUGAAAGCUGAGUUGAGUCGAGCCGGUCUGGAGCCCGAAGACACGGAAAAGGUGAUCAGCUAUCUCCACAGAGAACUUCUGGAAGCCCAGGACCUGGCCAACACCGGGAAGCAGAAAUGUCUGCAGCUGCAAGCUCUACUGGAGGAGGAGAGGAGGAGCACCUCUAAGCUGACCGAGGAUUCAACCAAACAGAUCCAGUACCUGCAGACUCAGCUUGGGAAGCUGCAGGCUGACAUGGAGGCACUGAGGGAGCAGAGGGAGAGCACCAUCUGCAGCACCAGGGAGGAGCUCUGCUCGGCCCAGGAGGAGAUUCUUGUCCUCCGACACGCCAUGGAGACGGCCACCGCCGAGCGGGAGCGCGAGAUCGCCGCCCUGCAGGCGGACCUGGGCGGCGUGCGCACCGAGCUGGAGCACUGGAGGGCCACGGCCGCCAAGUACGAGGAGGAGAUCCGGCGGCUGCAGGAGGCCUUCGCUGAGCAGCAGCAGCAGCAGAGCAGCGCCAGCCAGCUGCAAGAGGAGUGUGCAGCUUUGCAGCAGCGGUGUGUGUCUUUGCAGCAGGACUGUGACGCCCUGAAAGCUGAACGGAGAGAUCUCACAGACAAGCUGCUGCGCCUGGAGACGGAGCUCAGCAGCACCAAGGAGAGGAGCGACGUCCUCAGCAGCAGUCUGGAGUCCCUGGAGAAGCGGGAGGAGGUCUUGCAGGACAAACUGGGUUCUAUGGAGAACCAGCACCAGCAGGACGCCAGCAGGUUGAAGAACCAGCUGGACCAGGCCCAGGCCCGGACACACACGCUGCAGAAAGAGUACGAAGACACCCAGACCCAGCUGCUGGACCUCCGUCAGCGCUACGAGAAGACGGAGCAGGAGAAGCUGAACAUCCACCAGGAGCUGGAGCAGUGUCGGAGCAACCUGAAGCUGCUGCAGGACAAGACCAGCUCUAGCGGCUGGAGCUCCUGGAUGCCGGUCGUCGCAGUGAUGGUCGCCGUCACGGCCGCCGUCCUCUACCCCAACCUCUCCAAGAGCGGCGCCGCCUGACCCGGAGGACGGCCGCGCCGGCGCCGCCUCGCCUUGUAAAAAGUCCGAUUGUACAUAAUCGUAGAGGGAAUGUAACGCUCGUGGUUCCUGCAGAGGACUCGGACACUUCCUGGUUUAUUUUUUUUUUGUUUUUGUCAUUUUUAUUCUGCUCUCUCUGAGUUUGCGGUGGGUGGGUGAGGGGGGCGCUGUGGGUUCUGUCAACGGGCCCGAUUUGGCGCCGGGGUGGGGAAGGGGGCGGAGCUUCUCCAGCUUUUUCCUGCUUUCUAAGAACCUUCACAUGAAAACCUGCAUCUUUUCAAAGCGGUUUGUUACUUUGGGAUUUUAGCUUCUCAUCUUUUUACUCAUCAAAAACAACAAAAAAAACAGCAGAUUCUCACUUUUACAGUCGUUAACACUACCGAGCGUCGCCCCCGUCUGGCUGUGAGGCUGCGGGGGGGGUGGGGGGGGGGUCUGAGGCCCGGAAACAGCCGGUUCUGCCGGGCCGUGAGAGCUCGGGCGAGGCGGAGCUGAUUUCGCCUCCUCCGUCUAACACCACGUUUUUUUUUUUCUGCUCUAAUUCUUCUUUUUUCGGGGAAACUUGAAGCCAAAUGAUUUAAUUUCUUUUCUUUUUUUUAUUAUUCUUUGUUGAGGUAAUUUGUGGGGGAGGGUUUAAGUGCCUCUGAUGUAACCAACAAACACCACCAGAGGCCUGCUGGUGUUAAGAGCCGGGAGACGGGGUUUUUUUUUUUUUUUUUUUUUUUACUUCGUCUCAGAGAUUGCGCAACGCCUCGUCGCCGUCUGAUGACGUCGGCGCCCGGCUUAUUCACGGCGCGUAGAACCAGAAAGGCGACGGUUCUGGACCAGCUGAGAGAGAACAACCUGCCAGCAGCUUUUCCAGAAUAAACGGAGACCCUCGGCGUCUGGAAGUUAAAUCUGAUCCAAGCCGGUUUGUCUUUUAACAGCAGCAGCUUUUAUCUCUGCUCUGUGGUCUUUCCAGGCCGUUCGGUUCUGGUUUCAUGACACCAGAUGUGUUUUUUUUUUUUUUUUACUACCUUCCACCUCAAAAAAAAUAAAAAUAAAAAAUAAAAAAGCAUCCAAAGCGUUGACUCUUCGCGCUCCGGCUCCCAACACCUCGGGCCUCUGGACGUUUUUUUCUUUCUUAAUCAGAAACCCAAACAGUUAACGAGCUCCGUGGGUCGGUGUCAUGUCACGGGUUGGACCUUCUCGAGCCGCGUUCUUCGUCAUCGUCCGUGUAUUCUGUCUCGUCUUCGUGUCGAUUUAAAAAAAAAAAUAAAUCAAAAAUAAUAUUAAAAGACAGCGAACAAAUAUUCCUGAUGUUUUUUGAAGAGGAAAAAAACACUAAAGUUACAGAGAGAAUUGUAAAAUAAGAUGUUAAUGAAUGACGUGCGACUAGACUUAUUUUGUUCAAAUUGUUUAGUUAUGAGAGGGGAGAGCUGUUAUAGAGAAGAUGAUGUGAUUGAAUAUAUGCAGAGAAAUGUUUUUUUUUUUUGGAAUAAAGUUGUAGCAAAGCUGACCCACCA